GAAGCUUUUUUUUCCUUUCUGUCUUUUUUUUUCUUUUUCCUGCAACUUUUUUUUUUCCCUUGUCGCCGCGUGCCUCCUAUCUGAUCGUCUCCUUGGUGAUACCGUGCGACGAAUAUCAUGUCUACUGUGUAUACCAUUUUCCUCACUUUGGGGCUACUUGCUUCCGGUAACACAAAUACUGAGAGAUAGAGAGAGAAAGAGAGAAGAAGCACCCUUGUUAAAUCCUUCGGAUAGGUGUUUGUAUACCUCUUAUUCUUGUUUUCCAAAACCAUCAGUCCAUCGAUGAAGGCCAAGAACUGUUUGCACAACCGCUUCUGCAAACGGCCAUGAUAUUCCUUGGCGAGCUUAUAUGUAUCUUGGUUAUCCAUUUAGCGAGCAAAACACCAUCACUUUUGGACCGGUCCAUGUUGGAAGCGGUGCAGCCGCACUAUGGUGAUAGUGGUAACGAUUGGAUCGUUCCUCGUACCGCCACUUUAUCCUGGUCUGCAGUUUGGUUUAUUUUGCCAAGCGCAUGUGACCUCGUGGCCACCACGCUGAUGAACCUUGGCUUGACUUAUACUACCGCCUCUGUUUUCCAAAUGGUGCGUAGCAGUAUCAUGGGGUUCUCUGCGAUCUUCAGUUUCCUGUUUUUAUCCAGACGCUUUUUACCGCAUGAAUGGGUUUCGGUUACCGUCAUCCUAGUUGGAACAGGCAUUAUUGCUUGGUCGGCGACGCUCGCUGGAGAAUGGCGUGGCGCGCUGUAUUUGAUGAUCGCUCAAUUAUUCGUCGCGGCUCAGUUUAUCCUUGAAGAAUAUUUGAUGGAUCGCUACCACUUGGAUCCUGUUCGCGCCAUGAGUAUCGAGGGGGUCUUUGGUGCGGUCCUUUUCUGCACGGCUUUACUCUUGGCGGCGCUUUUCGGAACGGGCGUGUUUGAUGUCAAAACCGGAUUUAGUGAGUUGCUGGAUGAUUACGUCCUCUGGCAAUCGGCCUUGGUCCUGGCUCUCAUGGUAGCCAUAUUCAACAUCUUUGGUCUGGCUAUCAGCACAGCGGUGGGUGUAGCUGGUCGUAGCGUGAUCGAUGCAUUUAGAAUUGUGCUUAUUUGGAUUGUGGGGGUCCAUUACGGUUGGGAUAACUUCUCAUGGUAUGAGUUUGGUGGAUUCACCUUGUUGGUACUCGGUAUCUUUAUGUUCAAUGGCGUCUUUGCUUCUCUUCGUACCGCCGUGGUGAAUCGCGGCCGUGGUGCUGAAUCGGCUCCACUUCUUUCCUAAAAGUUCUACGUGUUGUUUAUAAAUGCUACGAGUUACACAGACGUCUUGUACUGCAAAUAGUGGUCGAUAAAAAAAAGAAAUCCCAAAAAUGGUGUAAAGUAAAUUACGAAUCAAAUAAACAGUAAUACGAUAUUCUGAAUGGCCGCAGAAACAAUGCCAAAAC